AUAUUUUUGCCAUCCAAAGAUCUCAAAUCUAAAGCUUUAUACUAUUUAAUUUUUUCAGAUAAACAAAAUGCUGUCAUAAUGGGGAGAAAAACAUGGUUUUCUAUACCUGAAAAAUUUCGACCUUUGAAGGGACGUGUAAACAUAGUGCUUAGUCGAGAACUAAAGGAGGUACCAACUGGUGUUCAUAUAGCUAGAAGUUUACCAGAGGCUUUGUCUCUGGUAGAAACAGAGUUAUCGGACCUUGUGGAAAAUAUACAUAUCAUCGGGGGGAGCUCGGUGUAUAAGGUACUAAAUCGGUUUUCUACUUUAGGUUUGUGAUGUUAAAUAGUAAAGUCU